GGCACCAAUGCCAAGUCCUGGGGUUGAAGGAGCACAAGCAGUAGCAAUCAGAAUAUCAGGAGAUCAAGCUGAAUUCAAGGGUUGUGGAUUCUUUGGAGCACAAGACACCCUUCAUGAUGAUAAGGGUCGCCAUUACUUCAGGGAUUGCUAUAUCCAAGGCUCAAUUGAUUUCAUAUUUGGCGAUGGAAGGUCCUUUUACGAGAAUUGUGAAAUAGUUUCUAUAGCGAAUCCAGUGCCACAAGGAUACAGGAGCAUAAAUGGUGCAGUGACAGCUCAUGGAAGAGUAUCCAUGGAUGAUAACACAGGAUUUGUGUUUGUGAACAGCACAAUAGGAGGGAGUGGGAGAAUAUGGUUAGGAAGGGCAUGGAGACCAUACUCACGUGUUGUUUUUGUGUCAACAACAAUGUCAGAUAUCAUUGCCCCUGAAGGUUGGAACGAUUUCAAUGACCCUUCAAGGGAUCAGACCAUAUUCUAUGGAGAGUACAAUUGCUCUGGUCCCGGAGCUAGCAUGGCAAUGAGGGCACCAUAUGUGCAGAGAUUAAACGAUACACAAGCUCUUCCAUUCCUCAACAUAACUUUUAUUGAUGGUGACCAAUGGUUGGAAAAUUACACACAAUUAAUAACCUAAUUACCUACUCUCAUCUUCCCAUUAUUAUUACUUUUUUUUUGUCAUUCAUUCAUACCAUGUCAAUAUAAUAAGAACCCAAUUUGCUUAAACAACCCAUUCAUUUGCUUAUUAUAUCAUCAUAUGU